AUGAGCAUUUCCCGGUUCCGUCACACACAAUCUGUCCCGGCACGGCAUGACAGACACUUCAUAAACGUCAACCCCUCAGGUGCGAUAUGGGACUGCAGUAACAUGAUUGCCUGCAAUGACCGCUUUCUUGCGGUGCCGUGGGCGCAACUUGGCAGUACGGCAGUGCUACUUCAUACCGACUAUGGCAAGGUUGCAUCCAGCCCGCCGAUAUUAUUGGGUCAAGAGGGCCCGGUCAUUGAUGUUGCCUUCAAUCCGUUUGAUCCUACAAAACUUUUUACAGCAAGUGAGGACGGUACCAUCAUGGGGUGGGAUAUUCCAGAAGAGGGUCUCACACAGAGCACCAGUGACCACAUUGUACAUCUGCAGGGACAUACCAAGAAGGUGGGUAUUGUGAACUUCCACCCUAGUGCAAUGAAUGUACUGGCCUCCGCUGGGGCUGACAUGGUGGUCAAUGUGUGGGAUGUCAACACUGGCAAGGCGGGUGAAGUGCUCAAGUGUCACACGGACCAAAUCAUGUCGCUGGAAUGGAACCUUGAUGGUUCACUGCUCUGCUCCACCUCAAAGGACAAAAAGGUGAAUAUUAUGGAUCCUAGGAUAGGAGAUAUUGUUGCCUCCGGCAGCGCUCACCAAGGCGGCAAGACCCAGCGUUGUUUGUGGGCAAAACGGCAAAAUCUCAUCGUGACCGUUGGAUUUAGUAAGGCACAAAGCCGCCAGGUCAUGCUGUGGGAUGCCCGGGACAUGGCAUCACCGGUGCAUACGGAAGAUAUUGACCAGUUCAGUUCUCUCAUUUUGCCCUUUUUUGAUGAGGACACAAAUAUUUUGUACAUUGGAGGCAGAGGAGAUGGAAUUAUUCGUUUUUUUGAAUUGGCGGAUGGACGACUUGUGCCGUGCUCCUCCUACGACUCUGUGGAGGCGCAUAAAGGGCUCUGCAUGUUCCCUAAAUGGUCCUUGGACACACGACAGUGUGAGAUUGCGCGUUUUUACGCACUCACGCCUCGGUCCAUUUACCCCAUCCAAAUGCUUCUCCCACGUAGACUGGCGGAUAGCGAAUUGCAGGUCGAUGUGUACCCUCCCACCUUUGCAGACGUGCCCGCCAUAACGGCAGAGGCAUACUUCAGCGGGGGAAACAGCGAACCACUUGUGACGGAUAUGCAUGCCGUGUUUAAUGGAACGGAGCGUGAGGUAAAGAGAGCGGUUGCUCUAACGCCAUCAGGUAAAAAACGCCAUCAGGGGGUCACUUCAGCAAUGACACAUUCCUUUGAUACCAACUCAUCUAAGUACACGGACCCCAUGACGAUGGGGGUGGAAUACACGGAAAAGAGAAGGGAUGAGGGGAUUUUAGACGAGCGUUUGGGAAAAUUAGCCGCUCUUUCGUUGGAGUUGCAGAAGCAGGAGGAGGAUCUGAAACGAUGCCAAGAGGAGGUUGAAAAGAAAACACGAAUUGUUAUGGAGACUGUUGAAAAAAUACGUGACAUUGCCCUUGGACAUGCCUUGUAG